UCGGAAACGUGUGAGAUAACCGGGCAGAUGCCGCGGGUGCCUUUGCAGACCGGGCAUGUCUGAGAUAGUUCUGGAGGAGAUCUCUGCCCUGUCUGCCAUUUACUGUGGGGAAGGGGAAUUUGAAGUCCUCUCGCUUUCAGAAAAUGGAACAACAGUAAUGAUUCAGACCGGCGUACAAGAUGCAGCUGAAUUGGAAACUCAUCUACGGCUUGUAUUUGACCUGCCAAUUACGUAUCCAUCCUGCCUACCAAGUCUCUCUGUUAGCUCUGAGGAACUUAGCCGGGCUCAUUGUAAAGCCUUAAGAGAUAAAAUACUGGAUGAAGCGCAAAAGCAUCUCUCGGAACCAAUGAUACAUCAUUUACUUCUUUGGACACAACAGAAUCUACACAAUCUAAUUGGGCACCCUAAGCCACCGACCUCGGAUGAACUCCACCCUCGUUCUGAGGACACAACGACAGAUGGAAGAAUAUGGACAAUGCUUCUACAUUUAGAUCACAUGAGAGCCAAGAACAAAUAUGUCAAAAUUGUAGAGAAGUGGGUGACUGAUUUGAAGUUGUGUGGGAGACUGAUGUUCCUGGGCAAAAUAAUUCUGAUCCUACUGCAAGGUGACAGAGAUAGCAUUAGGGAUUAUCUGGUACUUCAGAAGACCUGUAAAGUAGAUGUUGAUUCGAGUGGUAAGAGGUGUAAAGAGAAAAUGAUGAGCGUUUUGUGUGAAACCAUAUUACCCUUGGGACAUGUAAGGUUUUCUACAUUUGAAGUGAAAGAAUAUGGAUCAAUAAGUGAUUUACAAACAGAAUUUGAAACUGCAGGACUGGAGAAAAUUUACAGUGAAUAUGUUCAAACUCUGUUUUAACCAACAGAUAAUGCGUUUAGAGUGUUGCUUUAAUUUGAAUACUUUUCUUUUUAAUGUCAUAAAAUGCAACUU